AUGUGUACCCUCUCUAAGAAGGAGUCCAGGGCACCUACCACCUGUCCAGGCCUGGACCCUAACUCUGGGGAUGGUUUGGAAAGAGAAUGCUCCAGAAAACCAGAACAGAAGCUGCCAGAGCACUGUGGAGUGGGCGAUCCCACCCCUGAGUUCUCUGUCAGCUCCCACCUGUCCUCCCGAGGAAGAAUGAGUAAGUGGUUCUGGGACUCGGCUGAGGAGGGCUACAGGACCUACCACAUGGAUGAGUAUGAUGAGGACAAGAACCCCAAUGGCAUCAUUAACCUGGGCACCAGUGAGAACAAGCUCUGCUUUGACCUUCUGUCCAGUCGGCUGAGCCAGGGCGACAUGCUGCAGGUGAGGCCGUCUCUGUUGCAGUACCCCGACUGGAGGGGACAUCUGUUCCUCCGGGAGGAAGUGGCCAGGUUCCUGUCUUUCUACUGCAAGAGCCAUGCACCCCUUAAACCAGAGAAUGUGGUUGUCCUGAAUGGCUGCUCCUCUCUUUUCUCUGCUCUGGCCACGGUGCUGUGUGAGGUUGGGGAGGCUUUCCUGAUCCCUGCCCCUUACUAUGGAGCCAUCACUCAGCACGUCUAUCUCUAUGGCAACGUCCGACUGGUCUAUGUCUAUUUGAACAGCGAGGUCACUGAGCUGGACACACGCCCCUUCCAGCUCACAGUGGAGAAGCUGGAGGUGGCCCUGAAAGGAGCUAAUGCUAAGGGUGUGAAGGUCAAAGGCCUCAUCCUCAUCAACCCCCAGAAUCCUCUGGGUGACAUCUACUCCCCAGAAGAGCUGAAGGAGUACUUGGAGUUUGCCAAGAGGCAUGAGCUGCACGUGGUGAUGGAUGAGGUCUACAUGCUGUCUGUAUUUGAGGAGUCGCUUGGUUACCGCAGUGUUCUGAGCCUGGAAAGGCUGCCUGACCCUCAGAGGACCCAUGUGAUGUGGGCCACCAGCAAGGACUUCGGGAUGUCCGGGCUCCGCUUUGGCACGCUGUACACAGAGAAUCAGGACGUGGCCACUGCGGUGGCUUCCCUCUGCCGCUACCAUGGCCUCAGCGGCUUGGUCCAGCACCAGGUGGCACAGCUGCUCCAGGACCGCGACUGGAUCAACCAGGUGUACCUGCCCGAGAACCAUGCCCGGCUCAAGGCUGCUCACGCCUAUGUCUCCGGAGAGCUUAGGGGUCUGGGGAUCCCCUUCCUGAAUCGGGGUGCAGGCUUCUUCAUCUGGGCCGACCUGAGGAAGCACCUGCCCAAGGCCACCUUCGAGGAGGAGAGGCUGCUGUGGCGUCGCUUUCUGGACAACAAGGUGCUGGUGUCCUUCGGCGAAGCCUUCGAGUGUAAGGAGCCCGGGUGGUUCCGUCUGGUCUUCUCGGACAAGGCCCACCGGCUCCGCCUGGGAAUGCAGAGGGUCCGGAAGGUGCUCACGGGCGCGCCCCAGAUGCUAGAAGACCCCCCUUCCUCUCAGACCCAGGAGCCAACGGGCCAGCACAACUGA